AUGGCCUUUCUAGAGGACCCUCGCCUGCGACAGCGCUGGAAUCAAAUUACGCACGACGCCGAGGCCGUCACCGAGAACGCGGCCGCCGGCAUUUGGUCCUUCCAGCAACACUACAUCAAUCCCUGCUUCGGAUACCUCAGCAGCUCGUUCGAGCAGUGCACCGCCGUCUGCCUCGGCGACCCCGACGAGCGCAUGCGCCGGCGCAGGGAACGCGAGCGCGGCGGUGCCGGCGCUGAAUACUCGUUUGAUUUUUACGACGACUGGUACGACCAGGGUGACGGCCAGGAUGGCGGCACCGGGCCCGGCUUCUUUGGCGGCUGGGCCGGCGAGGACUGGGACCGUCUGCUCGCCGGAAGCGGCAGCCAUCCCAAACACCUCGGCGGCGAGGGUACCACCGCCGAGCAGCCGCGACGGAAGCGCGGCAUGAGCUACGGCACCAGGGGCACCCGACGCAAGGCGAGCGAGCAAGACGCCACCAUCAUUCCAAGCACACAGCCCAUCGGGUUUCUCAGCAAGCUGCCCUGGAAGAUGGGCGGCACCCUGCGAUACAAGCCCAGUGCUGCCGACUUGCAAGACCACCCUGGAAAAUCGGAAAACGCGCCCCUGCUCGGCAGCGACGACGAAUCGGACUACGGCCAGCUCAUUGUUCCGCGCAAACGAAGCGGCACUACGGGAUCCGGUGGCACUGGAGGCACGUCGGAUUCCUAUCGAUCACGUGGUGACUUGUUCCCAUCCGACGGCGAAGGCGAGGAGGAUGCAAUCGUAUUGGCCGACGAUGUCACAUAUGAUAUGGUGCGAAAUGAUCGCAGCAGCGGAAAGAGUGAUCGGACGAAGAGCAGCAAAGGCAAGCGACCGGCCCAACGAGGGAACUUCUUUGCACCACGAACCCUAUCGAGAACGACAAUAGCGUCAAACUCCUCCGCGGAGACCAUGCCGUUGAAUCGCUCAAUGUCGUCACUGGCCAUGAGCCCAGCCGCUAUAGAGCGCGUGCCGUCACUGAACGACUUGCACUUGGAGGAGGAGAGGCUGCGCGACGAAGAGGAGCAAGAAAUUGUCCGAAAAAAAGAAGCAGCGGUACAAUCGGCGACACAACUCGGACUUUUACCAACGACUACCGACCCACACUCUGUCACCCAAGUCAGAGAUUUCCCGUUGAACGAUCAUGUUGCACAGAUCCCACAGGCUGCACAGGAAAUGGCGCAACAGACGCGGGACACUGUGAGCACAAUCGCUAGCCAUGAGCAACAAAACGCCACGCCGCGGCAAGGCUCGCAAAAAGAGGAACAAGAUUUUGUGCCUGCGCGACUGCCGCACUUUGACUCAUGA